GACAAAUUUCUCUCAGCAGUUCGAGGACGUUAUCGUACAUUUGUGUUUUAUUCAACAUCUGCCAUGCUACCAUGAUUCUGGAUGCUCUCUAAAAGAAUUCUCAUCGAUAAAGCAUUCUAUCUAGCAUUCUACCAGCAAUGAUGCUAGAUAAAAGGAAGGAGAGGCAAUACAGAAGGAAGAGAUAGAUACAAAAACUGGAUGAUAGAUCAAUGGGGAUCCGUCUGAUUUAUUAUUUCUUGAUAUUGUUAAUACAUGGUAGUUUUGAUCGCAUGUGGUAAAAUGUGUAUUCUUGAUGCGUAGAACAUGCAUAUGCAGUGUUGCAAAUGAUACUGUGGGAUUAAUAAAGUAAUAAACAAUUUUUUGUCGUUCGUAUAGUCGUGGUGCUAGAAGCAUUCAUAAGGACAAUAGUGGAGUUACAACUUUUUUACUUAGGAGGAUUAUUAUUGUGAGAAAGAAAGAGAGGAAGAGAGAGAGAGAGAGAGAGAAAGAGGGAGAGAGAGAGAGAGAGAGAGAGAGAGAGAGAGAGAGAGAGAGAGAGAGAGAGAGAGAGGAUAUAUUCAAGUUGCGGGAAGUCAGUUGAUUCUCUGUGAUACCUGCAUUUAUCUUCGGUGUUACGUCAAAGCAUUCUAAUGCAUUAUUAUGGCAACGCUUGCUAUCAAGCAAAUAGUUUGUUGACUGACAAGGUCUAGCACGGUUAUAAUAAAAAAUGGAGCAGAGAUCUAUGUCAGAUGUCAUAAAGAAGAUGCAGCCUUUGUUGAGGAAGUUUGAAGGUGAUGAAGAACUCGUUAUUCAUGAAGCCAAAGAUGAGGCGGGUUCCAAUUUGGGUGACAACUAUACCUCCGUUAUGAUCAGAACAAUAGUCAUCGGAAAAUAUGGAAACGGAACUCCUUAUAAAAAAAGUUUUAUGACGAAGAUACUUCCCCAUUUCCGUCCUGUUGCCCAAUUCAUCAAUACUGAGGCUUUAUACGUCACCGAAGGAUACAUGUACGAAAAGAUUCUUCCUAUUAUCGGUGAUUAUGGUCCACGCUGCAUUUACAUCGACAAAGACGAAAUUAUUAUGGAAGAUUUGCGCAAAGAAGGGUACAUUAAUUGCAAAAGACACGAUUAUCUUGAUUUGGAACAUACCUUGUUCACCAUUCAGAUUUUGGCGAAGUGGCACGCGAAGUCUUUGUCGAUAAAAUUGAAGGAUCCCGAAAAUUUCGAAAAAUUGGCAAGUCCAUUGAAGGAAAACUUUUUCCCGGUAGAUAAUAAUAUCGCCGUUGGUAAGACCGUUGAAGAGAGUCUGCUUAGUACGAUCGAUCAUUUGGAGUCAAUAAAGUUUCAGACGGCAGAGUUGAAAAAGGCGAUAGAGUAUGUGAGAUCACUCAGAAAUAAAUGCUAUGACAUGAUGGCAAAAUUGUUUUCCUUACCAAAAGAUAGAUAUUUUACUAUCUGUCAUGGGGAUACUUGGAUGAACAAUAUCCUUUAUAAACACGAUAAGAACGGUCAAGUGUAUGAUUUAAAAUUAGUUGAUUAUCAAAUAUCUCGGUAUUCAUCCGUUGCCAGUGACUUCCAUUAUUUCAUUUACUCGAGCGUAAGAUCUUGCAUUAUUGAAGAUAGUUAUGAUAAUUUGAUCGAACUUUAUCACCGUACAUUUGUGGAAAAGCUGAGAGAGUACGGCGUUUCCGAAGAAGAUCUUAAGAAUUUGACCAUGGAAUGGUUCAAAUCGGAAUUACAAAAAUUCAGUUUGUGUGGAUUGCUCAGUGGAUUCUUUUUUGUUCACAUAGUACUCGCUGACGAGAAUAGCGUUAUAGAUAUGGAUAAAAUAACCGUCAACGAUAUAGAAAACAUGCAAUUUUUUAAUGCGGAAAUAAGUCCAAUCAAAGCCGAGAGAUUUAAAUUCAUAACUUUGCAUUAUCUUCGAAUGUAUAACCAGUAGAUGGAAUUUUUAUGAAAUAGACAUAUGAAACAGCAUAUUGCGUAUCAUAGAUAUAGACCAUGCGUGACUAAGUUUUAUACUUUUUAAUCUUGCCAAUUAAAUUUUAUUUGAAAAGAA